GCGGAAGGGGUGGGGCUCUGCGGGCCGAAUCUCCGUGCCGCCGCCGCCGCCGCCGUCGUCAGAGCCGGAGCGGGCUGGGCCGCCGAGGCAAGAUGGUGGACUACAGCGUGUGGGACCACAUCGAGGUGUCUGACGAUGAAGACGAAACGCACCCCAACAUCGACACCGCCAGCCUCUUCCGCUGGCGGCACCAGGCCCGGGUGGAGCGCAUGGAGCAGUUCCAGAAAGAGAAGGAGGAGCUGGACAGGGGCUGCCGCGAGUGCAAACGCAAGGUGGCUGAGUGCCAGCGGAAGCUGAAGGAGCUGGAGGUAGCCGAGGGCGAGGGAGGCAAGGCCGAGUUGGAGCGGCUGCAGGCCGAGGCGCAGCAGCUGCGCAGGGAGGAGCGGAGCUGGGAGCAGAAGCUGGAGGAGAUGCGCAAGAAGGAGAAGAGCAUGCCCUGGAACGUGGACACGCUCAGCAAGGACGGCUUCAGCAAGAGCAUGGUCAAUACCAAGCCUGAGCAGGCAGAGGAGGACUCAGAGGAGGCAAGGGAGCAGAAACACAAAACCUUCGUGGAAAAGUACGAGAAACAGAUCAAACACUUUGGCAUGCUCCGCCGCUGGGAUGACAGCCAGAAGUACCUGUCAGACAACGUCCACCUGGUGUGUGAGGAGACGGCCAACUACCUGGUCAUCUGGUGCAUCGAUCUAGAGGUGGAGGAGAAAUGUGCACUCAUGGAGCAGGUGGCCCACCAGACCAUCGUCAUGCAGUUCAUCCUGGAGCUGGCCAAGAGCCUGAAAGUGGACCCCCGCGCCUGCUUCCGGCAGUUCUUCACCAAGAUCAAGACUGCUGAUCGCCAGUACAUGGAGGGCUUCAACGACGAGCUGGAGGCCUUCAAAGACCGCGUGCGGGGCCGCGCCAAGCUGCGCAUCGAGAAGGCCAUGAAGGAGUACGAGGAGGAGGAGCGCAAGAAGCGGCUGGGCCCCGGUGGCCUGGACCCUGUCGAGGUCUACGAGUCCCUCCCUGAGGAACUCCAGAGAUGUUUUGAUGUGAAGGAUGUGCAGAUGCUCCAAGAUGCCAUCAGCAAGAUGGACCCCGCCGAUGCGAAGUACCACAUGCAGCGCUGCAUCGACUCCGGCCUCUGGGUCCCCAACUCCAAGUCCAGCGAGGCCAAGGAAGGGGAGGAGGCGGGUCCUGGGGACCCCUUGCUGGAAGCCACCCCAAAGCUGGGUGAUGAGAAAGAUGUCAGCGCCUGAUCCGCUCCAGCUGCCACCAGCCUGCCUGCAGGCCCCUGUGCACCCCUUUUCAGAAAACAGAAAUAGAUGCCAUCUACCCAGCUCCUGGCUUCCUCCACUUUUGCUGCUCCCCCACCUAGCCCGGAGGGGCCUGCCCACCCCCUCCACUGCCCCCACCCCCCAGCACUCAUCGAGUCUCUGCUUCGAGUCAAGGGGUUUCACUGCCUGCAGCCCCCCAUCAGCAUUCUGCCAAAGGCUGGGGGGUCCAGGGAGGGGCAGAGGUUGCCAGGCUGGUCCACGGGGUGGGGGUGGGGGCCCCAGCUCAGGGCCCGCUCCAGUCACCGUGGACUCUUGUUUUCACUGUUGGUUUGCUGUCGAAUCUUCUGUAUAGUAAACAGCAAUGAUCUUCCAAUAAAGGAUUUCAGAUGCUCCGCGGGGCGUCACAAGG